CUCUUUCAAACCAUUAACUAAAUACUACAAUGAUGACUUCUAUUUUACUUUGCAUCGGAUUAACUUGGUGCUUUCUAAAUAUGCCAUCAACUACUUAUGGAAAGGGUUACUCGACAUGUUUAGACGGCUGGGUAGCCUUCAAUGGAUCCUGUUAUUUGUUUGCACACGUCAAUAUGCAGCUAACAUUUACCGGGGCUGAGCAAUUUUGUCGCCAGCACAACAAUGCACAUCUUGUUCAUGUCAACGAUGCCCUUGAGAAUGCGUUUAUCAAAGACCAUCUCAGAGACAAACAACCACAUGGCUGGUGGAUUGGACUAACUGAUGAAGACAUUGAAGGUGUUUGGAAAUGGUUUGAUACAGACACGGUAGCCUCAUUCACAGAUUGGCAACCUAAUGAUCACGCAACAGCUGACCAGGACUGCGUCGUUAUGUACUACGGAUAUGACUUCAAAUGGGCAGACACAUGGUGCUCGCGUGUAAAUUUGUAUCCUCCAAUAUGUGAAACAUCUUCGCGUUCAUGCGAGGAAGAGGUGAUUGUCGGAUGA